GGGGCCCGCGCCGGCUACAAAGCGGCGAAGGUCACGGCGCGAGCAGGCGCGUCGCCGCCAGCGCCCCAGGCCCGCUUCCCUGCUACCCGCGCCGGAGCCAUGGAAGGACUGAGCGCGCUGCUGGCCCGCUGCCCCACGGCCGGCCUGGCCGGUGGUCUGGGCGUGACGGCGUGCGGCGAAGCCGACGCACACGAUGGUCAACUGCUGGUUCUGCAACCAGGACACGCUGGUGCCCUACGGAAACCGAAACUGCUGGGACUGUCCCCACUGCGAGCAGUACAACGGCUUCCAGGAGAACGGCGACUACAACAAGCCCAUCCCUGCCCAGUACCUGGAGCACCUGAACCACGUGGUGAGCAGCACGCCCAGCCCCCGAGACCCCGCGCAGCCGCAGCAGUGGGUGAGCAGCCAGGUGCUGCUGUGCCGCAGGUGCAGCCACCACCAGACCACCAAGAUCAAGCAGCUGGCUGCCUUCACGCCCCGGGAGGAGGGCAAGUACGACGAGGAGAUCGAGGUGUACCGCCACCACCUGGAGCAGAUGUACAAGCUGUGCCGGCCAUGCCAGGUGGCCGUUGAGUACUACAUCAAGCACCAGAACCGCCAGCUGCGCGCCCUGCUGCUCAGCCACCAGUUCCGGCGCCGGGAGGCGGACCAGGCCCAGAGUUUCAGCUCCUCUGCCGCGAAGGCCCCGGUCCAGGUCAUCCUGCUCCGCGCCUUGGCCUUCCUGGCCUGCGCCUUCCUGCUGAUCACAGCGCUGUACGGCCCUAGCAACCCCUUCACCCUGGGGGUCGCCCUGCCCCCAGCCCUGCCACCCGGCAGCAACAGCUCGGCCGCACCGGACAACAGCACCGCCCCAGGGACUGAGGGCUGGCGGCAGCUGCUGGACCUGCUGCCCGAGCACGCGACAGAGAAGCUGCUCGAGGCCUGGGCCUUCGGGCAGAGCCACCAGAUGAGCAUUGUGGCCGUGGGUCUGGUCACCUGCCUGCUGGCCAUGCUGCUGGCUGGCCGCAUCAGGCUCCGGAGGAUCGACGCCUUCUCCGCCUGCCUGUGGGCUGUGCUGCUGGCGCUGCACCUGGCCGAGCAGUACCUGCAGGCGACCUCGCCUGGCUGGCUGGACACGCUCAAGCUCAGCACGAUGUCCCUGUGCUGCCUGGUGGGCUUCACGGCAACCGUGGCCACAAGGAAGGCGACGGGCCCGCGGAGGUUCCGGCCCCGAAGGUGCUUUCCUGGAGAUGCCUCAGGCUUCUUCCCCGCCAGCCCCAGCCUGGUCACGCCCCGCCCCAGCGUCCCCGGCGCCUCACCGGCCCUGUUCGUCCCCACCCCACCCGGCUUCCUGCCGCUCGCGAACCAGCAGCUGUUCCGGUCUCCCCGUCGGGCCUCACCCUCCUCACUGCCAGGCCGCCUCAGCCGCGCCCUCUCGCUGGGCACCAUCCCCACUCUGACCCGAGCAGACUCAGGGUACCUGUUCAGUGGGAGCCGCCCGCCAUCCCGGGUGUCUCGCCGCCAGGAGGUUCCCCUUUCAGACUACUUCUCUGUGCUGUCGGGGCACCGCCUGCCCUCCCCUCUCCCGUCCCCAGCGCCCUCCGUGGCCAGCUCGGUGGCCUCCAGCUACGGCUCCCUGCGCCACCGCAGGCCGCUCAUCAGCCCCGCGCGGCUCAACCUGAAGGGGCAGAAGCUGCUGCUCUUUCCGGCAGCCCCCGGGGAGCUGCCCGGCACCCCCAGCAGCUCUGAGGAGCACACGCCGCACAACGGCAGCCUCUUCACCCUCGAGCCGCCCCCACGGCAGCCUGUUCCGGACAGGGACGCCAAGCACAGCCCCGACCUGCGAGCCCGGCCGGAGCGUGGCAGCGCCUGCAGCAGCCGCUCCAUCAAGAAGGAAGACGAUUCUUCCCAGUCUUCCACCUGCGCGGUGGACACCACCACCCAAGGGUGCUCGGAGGGGGCCGCCGCCUGGAAGGGGCGACUCGGCCCCUCCCUGAUCCGAGGCCUCCUGGCCGUGAGCUUGGCCGCCAACGCCGUCUUCACCUCAGCCUACCUGUACCAGAGCCUGCGCUGAGCGCCCGGUGCCCAGAGGCAGUGCCCGGGGCGAGCCCGUCACCACUGCCACCAGGACCCUCCGUCUCCAGGGCCCCUGACCUCCCGGGACACCGAGCGCGUAUCCUCAGGACCUGCUCCUCCCCCACUGCCACCUUGGCUGACAUCGGUCUCGUUUGGUGCUGACACCUUGACCCCGAGGCCUGGGAUUCUGGGGCGGGCUGCCUGCCAGGGCCCCCUGCCCACUGCCCAUGCCUGCCCGGCGGGAACCUCCCCGCUGCCGCUGGGGCCACCUCUCUGUGCUAUAUCCCUGGCGCCGAGCCAGCUCCAAGCCCCACCAAGGUGCAGAGGACCUAGGACGAGGAGGCCCUGUCCUCGGGAGAGAAGCCCCUCCAGGGGGGCCUGCCUCUUCCUGUGGCUUCAGGACCCCCAGGUUCCCCUCUUGCUGUGUGCACCCCUACUCUGUGAUUCCGAUGCCCCUGGCCCCUCGCUCACACUGCCCACGGGGACCUGGCCUGGCCCCUGGCGCCGCACGAGCUGUGAUCUCAGAUGACACUGGACCCUUGCCAACCCUCAGACCCCACCAUCCCCCCUUUGUCCUCCCAUCUCCCCCAGGCUCCCCUGGACCAAGGUCUCCCGGGCCUCCAGCCAGCCACCUUCCACCCCACCCGUCGGCCCCUCCAUACUCCAGACCCCUCGAUACGCCGCCAGUCCAGGGGCUGAGGGCCCUCGGCCUGGUCCUAACGUGGAGCCACGGGGCUCGGCUCUCGCCACCCACGCCGGUGCAGGCGAUCCGCGCCGGGUGAUCUCUGGGACUUGGGAGGGAGGGCGGGCGGGUGGGCGUGGGACCUGAGAAGGGGCUUCACUGUCAUUCAGGGAUAAAGUUUAUUUUAUUUUUCUACUGCCGCUGCCGGGUGAGGCGCUACCUGACUAGCAGGACGCCUCCUCGCGCGUGGGUGCUCUGUCCGUUCCUGUCCCAUGGGCCACGGGGUGGUGCUGGACCCCAAGUCCCCUGCCAGGGUGGGUUCUGGCGUGGAUGUGGCACCUCGCGGUUCCCUGUGUACAGCGCUGUGUCCAGAUUUGUACUUCUGUUUCUCGCCUAAGGAAACCAGACCGUCUCCGCCGUCCUCUGUCCGCGGCCCCAGGACCUCGGCCAGGGGCAGGGCUUUGACGCAUGGUUUGUUCCCCGAGAAAUCGCAGCCGUAUUUUUCUUUAUAAAAGCAAAAAAACUGAAACCAAAAAACAUGCCAACCUCGGAACUGGA